AUGAUUUCUCAAAAUCCAUUAAGAUAUGCCCAAGAAUCGGAUGAAACCUUUAUUCUGGUGACCGGAACUAACAGCGGUCUAGGCUUAGCCGUUUGCUGUCGAACGAUCGAUGAAUUCCUCACCACACGUCCCGAGUCCAAAUCGCUAACGCUCCUCUUCACCACCCGCUGCUCAAAAAAAUCGGUGGACACCCUCCCUCUCCUACAAGCCCACCUCAGCAACUCAGCCGCUAAACAUGCAACCUCCAAGAACCGCAUAACUCUCAGGCCAGAGCAUGUUGACCUGUGCGAUUUGCUUUCAGUGCGUGCGCUGGCACGGCGGUUAUUGGCCUCUCUCCCAAAACUCGAUGCCAUCAUCCUCAACGCCGGCAUUCUUGGUGUCACAGGCCUCAAUUGGUCCAAGGCGGUCUACAUGUGCCUCACAGAGCUGGUGAACGCUACAACAUAUCCAUCGCCAUAUACACUCAGGGACACCGGCGUCCUGACUAAUAAACAAUCCUCGCAACCGGACGAGCCUCCACUGGGACAGAUUUUCUGCACCAAUGUGUUUGGACACUAUAUGCUUUGCCACGCAUUGAUGCCGCUGCUCUCUGCCUGCAAAACCACUCCCGGCCGCGUGAUCUGGAUAUCCAGCCUCGAAGCCACGCGCGACUGCUUCGAUAUCUCAGACAUACAAACUCUCAAAAACUGGCGUGCUUACGAAGCCUCUAAGUACCUUACUGACCUCCUCGUCUUGACGGCCAAUCUCCCCAGUUCCUCUCCGUGGGUAGAUGCCUUCUUAUCCUCAUCAACCACAGAGGCAAAGUCGCAACAGGAGCAGGAUACAACCGACCCCGACCCUACCGCAUCGUACACAAGACCCAACCUCUACGUCGCCCACCCAGGCAUCUGCGGCACUGCCAUCCUGCCCCUAAGCCUGCCUCUCUUCUCCGUUAUGGUCGUCUUUUUCUGGAUCGCCCGCAUGAUCGGUUCUCCCUGGCAUGUUAUAUCCACCUAUAAAGGCGCGUGUGCGCCCGUCUGGCUAGCUCUAUCACCACAAUCUGUCCUGGAUGCCGCUGAGGGCGCGUACGUGCGUCUGGGUGGGGGAAAGCCGAAGUGGGGAUCCUCGUGUGAUCGGUUGGGUCGUGAGAGUCCUCUGUGUACGGAGGUCGAGGGAUGGGGGUUUGGUGGGGUGGUUGGUCCUGCUGUGUUGGAUAAUGAUAGGAGGCAGAGGAGGAAGGCAGGGGCUACGGAUCUGACGGCGGAGGAGAGGGUGGAGUUUGAGGAUCUGGGAAGGAAGUGUUGGCGGGAGAUGGAGGAGUUGAGGAAGAGGUGGGAGAUGAUUUUGGAGAAGGAAGAGAAAGCGAGGGGUAUUUGUGGAUAG